AUGUCUCCAUACUCUCUCAUAUUUGGAAAAGCCUAUCAUUUACCUGUAGAGUUGAAGCACAAGGCGUUUUGGGCAGUGAAGAAAUUGAACAUGAACUUGGACGCCGCAGGCNAAAGCCUAUCAUUUACCUGUAGAGUUGAAGCACAAGGCGUUUUGGGCAGUGAAGAAAUUGAACAUGAACUUGGACGCCGCAGGCGUUUAACGCAAACUUCAGUCAAUGAGCUCGAGGAGUGGCAAUUGAACGCGUACGAAAACAACAAGCUGUAUAAGGAAAAGACAAAGCGUUGGCAUGAUCAACGCAUCAGUAAGAAAGAACUUAUUGUUGGUCAAAAAGUUUUAUUGUUCAACUCACGUCUGCGUUUGUUUCCAGGAAAGCUAAAAUCCAGGUGGUCAGGACCUUUUAUCAUUAAAUCAAUCUUCCCAUAUGAAACUGUGGAAAUAACUCGAGAAGAUUGCACCAACGCGUUCAAGGUAAACAGCCAAAGAGUUAAGCCUUACUUUGAAGAUGAAUUGGAUUGCCAGAAGUCAUCUCUCGCAUUACACGAAGCCAAUUGA